GAGGCGAGGAGCAAUCCGACGGUUGCGGAUGUACACCUCUCCUCUCCGAGGCCUGGUUAGGUUCUCCCGGCACUCUCUCCGCUCCUCCACCGUGCAAGCUGUUUUAUUGUAUACGCGAAGACCCACUUAGGCAUCAAAUGAAUGAAAAUUAAGCCGUUUUGAAGGUGAAGUUUAUUUUUUAAUCUUUUUUUAAUUUUUUUAUUCUAGUUAAGCGUCCUAUUAGCUGUGGAGAAAACCGUAGCUAAGUUUUGAAUGAGAGAAAAAAAAACGCCCGAGGACCACAAAAUAAGCAGGUGAGCUACUGAAUUGAACUGCUCUACCGACUUGUUUAACGAAUCCCCCCCAAAAAACGUUCACAACGCCAACUAGUAGCGGACCAACAACUGGAAUAGUACUAGCUACCCCCCCCCCCACCGAGCAACGGCGUUAAGCCUGGCGAUAACAAAAGGAUUGAAAGUUGAAAGAUAUAUUAUCAACGGAAGGCAGAGGAAAAGGAGGAGAACGGAGUAUGCCCUCGGUGAUGGAGCGGUCGGGGAGCAGCGUUCUGUCUAGGAGCAGGGCUAAAACCAAUGGAAACAACCAACACUCGGAGGAGGACAGCAGCGAUGAGGAGCACGCUCACGACAGUAUGAUUCGAGUGGGAGGAGACUACCAGGCACAGAUACCUGAGUUAAACCCAGACACUCCAAGCCGCUACAAUGAGAAGGAGCAGAGGAGUAUGCUGGUGUGGUGCCCCAACAGCCUCAUCUCUGACGCCAUGUUGGAUGAGUAUAUUCUGAUGGCUAAAGAGAAGCAUGGCUACAACAUGGAACAGGCCCUGGGGAUGUUGCUGUGGCAUAAACAUGAUGUGGAGUGUUCCCUUGCUGACCUGGCUAACUUCACUCCCUUUCCUGAGGAGUGGACCAUAGAGGACAAGGUCCUGUUUGAACAGGCCUUCAGCUUCCAUGGCAAGAGCUUCCAUCGUAUACAACAGAUGCUGCCUGAUAAGCUGGUCUCAGGCCUGGUCCGGUACUACUACAGCUGGAAGAAGACCAGGACCAGGACCAGUGUUAUGGACCGACAGGCUAGAAGACUGGUCAGAAAGACAGACAAGGAAGAUGGUAAUGAUGAGAUAGAGGGAGACCCGGGCAGCGACAGCGACUUUGAGAUCGACACCAAGAAAGAGACAGUGAAGCAGCAGAGCUCCAGUGGUUCUGGAGGAGAGAGGGGAGCGCCAGGCCGGUCUAACCCACAGAGGAAGGAGUCUGUUGGGGCUCAGUACCGCCACCACCCCUUGAGAGCUCGUCGGAGACCACCUAAAGGCAUGCAUCUGAACCCCGAGGACAUCAUGGCUGUGUCAGCCAAUCACCAACAUGGUUCUGGCAGACAGCUAGACACACACCUGGUGUCACUCAAGAGACGGGUCCAGAGUAUUAAGCAGAACAACAGUAGUAUGAAACACUGUCUAGACGAGGGCAUCGACAACCUGCGUCCUACAGGGCCAGCUCCCAAGAUGAACUCUCGUUGGUCCACUGAGGAACAGCUGCUGGCUGUGCAGGCUAUCCGUCGCUAUGGUAAGGACUUUGCGGUGGUUGCCGAGGUAAUCGGCAACAAAACUCUGGCCCAGGUGAGCUCCUUCUUCGUUAGUUACCGACGGCGAUUCAAUCUGGACGAGGUCGUCAAAGAGUGGCAGGCGGAACAAGACGUAGCCUCCACACAGGGGCCUUGUGGGAGUCGUAGUAGGAACGAAGAGAGGGGAGGAGCAGAUGAGGAGGAAGAGAUAAAGCUAGAAGACGUUACUCCCCCUGGCGGUGACUCCCCCUCUCCUCCCCCCUCCUCAUCCAACAACCACACCCCUCCUCCUUCCCUCUCCCAGCCUCCCCCCUUACUGCGUCCGGCCCCCCCCUCCGCCCCCCCCAGCCUCCUCCGGCAGCCCCCCCCGCUCCAGACCCGACCCUUCCAGACCCGAACCCCCCACAAUCAUCCCCCUCCCCCGUUGAUCCGUCCUGCAGUCGCGGCCCCGGGCCAACAGGGGAGCUCUAGUCUCCGUAGGGAACUAGGAAACAACCUCCACUCCUCUCCUCCUGCUUGCUCUGGUCAGCCUCCCUCACUGGUAGGGCUUAAAGUAGAGCAAACCAACUCUCACUGACAGAAAGGAGACGACUCUUGUAUAUUCAGACGGGUAGAUUGUGCUGCUAGUGGGAGUGUUUAUCCAUUAUGGUGGAACAAUAGAAAUCAGAAUGCAGUAGUUAGUUCAGAAGCCUCUGGUUAUGUAUCACUCCAUUCAGUUCUGACUCACACAACCAUACUUCCAUCUGAGGCUUGGGUCAUCCAUCCUUCUGUUCCUUCCUUCCUUCCCCCCCCCCCCCCCCCCACUUCUCAGCAGAAAAUAGAAGGACAUGCCCACACAUGCCUCGCGGCUGUCUCCAUAGCAACCAGCACAGAUGUGACUGGUUACCCACGGCAACGGUGACCCUGUAUUUCACCCAACCCUUCUCCCCAAAGAACAGAACUUUCAGAAUACCAAACCCUCAAGGAAAAGAUACACUGGAUUGUGGUGAUGGAUGCCAUGACAACAGAACCCCCCCCCACACACACACACAGUCUCCAUGGCAACAACAGAACGAACUCUGGCAAAACACACCCAGGUUCCAGUUCCACACUACAAGGUGCCGAAGUAAUGAUUCCACAGGGGAAUCAGGAAGACAUCCCUCUUCUACCAGAUCCACGUAUUGUUGGUCUUAUGACUGCAGAAUUCUUUUGUUAGGUGAUCUCUAAGUAGGUAGACAUUCCUAUAUAGUGCACUACUUUGGAUCGGAGCCCAUUUUGACCAAAUCCCUAUAGAUCCUGGUCCAAUGUAGUGCACUAUAAAAGGGAAUAGGAUGCAUUUCUCCAUUCUAAGUAGCAUGCUAGUGUGGAUAUGGAACAGAGACCUGUUUUUGAUUAAAAGCACAAAAGAAUACUGAGUCUCAAAUGGCAGCUGUAUUUAGCUCUGGUUACAGUUGUGCUACAUACUGUACAGUUCACAGGUGUCGUCUGAGAACAAAGUGUGAAGCUGAAAUACUUGUAGGGAUGGAUUCAAGCCGUAUGGAGGGAAGAUCUGCAUUAAAAAGUCAUUUCUGAGGCCUCCCGAGUGGCGCAAGGCAGUGCAUCGCAGUGCUAGCUGUGCCACUAGAGAUUGGCUCAAGUCCAGGCUGUCGCAGCCGGCCGCGACGGGGAGGUCCAUGGGGCGGCGCACAAUUGGCCCAGCGUCGUCCGGGUUAGGGGAGGGUUUGGCCGGCAGGGAUGUUCUUGUCUCAUCGCACACUAGCGAAACUCCUGUGGCGGACCGGGGGGCGCAGUGCCCGCUGACCAGGUCGCCAGGUGUACGGUGUUUCCUCAGACACAUUGGUGCGGAUGGCUUCCGGGUUGGAUGUGCAUUGUGUCAAGAAGCAGUGCGGCUUGGUUGGGUUGUGUUUCGGCGGACGCACGGCUCUGGACCUUUGCUGCGAUGAGACCAGACUAACUACCAAUUGGGAAGAAAAAAAGGGGGUGAAAAAUAUCAAAUAAAAAGUCAUUUCUGAAUAUGCAGCGUUGCGUUUUUACAUUUCAUAUCGAGCUAUAACGCAGAUCUUUCGUGAUACGUCUGGCACCCUAUUCCCUACAUAGUGCAUUACUUUUGACCAGAGGACCCAUAAGGAGUUAGGGAGCCAUUUGGGACAUAGAUUCAAAUGACUUGACUGUGUUUAGCAAACCAACCUGCAACAGGUAAUGUUCAUGAAGUUUGAGACUGGAUUUGCUUGUUAUUGUUUUCAGGAUAUUUUUCUUUUGGAAUAAAACAAAAUUACAACCA